AAGGAAGCGUUGACGGCAUCCAAGCUGUGGCGCGGCGUGAUGGUAGCCAGCUAUACGCCGCCGGUGACCGGUCGCCGGCCGUCGGGCUGGGGCGGCGCGAGUCGGUCGGGCGGGCGGCGAGCGGCGGCGCGUGGGCGGCCCGUUGUGUUUACGGGCGGCAGUCCUGCGCGCAGCCGCCGCGAGCGCCGGUCCGCCGCGCGCGCACCCUACAUUCAGUUCACGGCCGCUCUAUUAACAGACAGCUAUUUCGGCGCAUAAUAUACCGAACGGUGCGGAGCAGUGUUCAGUUUCGCGCGGGCAGGUGCGCGAGCCGAGGUCGGACAUGCGGACCCCCUGACCAGAUGUGACCCGCGGCCAUGGAGCGCCGCCGCCGCGCCGCCCGCCCCGACGCGCCCGAUCCCAUGACGAAGGUGGCGCGCCGCCGCGAGAAGCCGCGCGAGCGCUGGCUCCUCACUAGAAAGACAUGGAAGUACAUGUCGGAUGCCGGCCGCCGGCUCAUUCCAGACGGAGCACAGAACAGGCUAGAGGAUGUUCCACGCAUCGAGGCCUAUUUCCAAGACGUGUGCGCCAAAGAGCCUCGGUUUCUACUCUGGCGAAAGAGCUCGUACCCGGGAGCGGUGCCGCGACCGCGCCGCAAAAAGCGACCUCGCGGUGGCUCCGUGCGUGCACGUUCGCCUUCCGAUGACGCGCUCCCGGCACCGGUACGCCCUACAGAAUUGUUCAUCUCUCACACCUCCGGCGGCCGAUUUGACAUAGCGAAACUUCGUCGAGAUUUCUUUGCAGCCCCACCGUCAGCGCCAUCUGGCUCUGGAUUUCCUUCCAGGUAUAGUGGUUCGAGGUUCCAUGACGGAUCGAGCUCUUCACUACGAGAGGCCAACGAUCACCAAGAACCUUCGCAGGAAGAUGACGACAGUAGUCUAGUCGAUUUAUUGCGAAAGUACCUGAAAUUAGAAGAAAGUACAGGAGUUUCCAAGGUAUCGGACUCCGAAGAAUUAGUGCGUGUUUUGCGGAGGUAUUUGAAAAGGCAGGCGGAUAAUGCGCCUGCUGAUUCUGAUGGAGACCCGAUGCAGCGGUCUCUGCUAGAGAACCUGGGACGAUAUUAUGGUCGCUCGCCAAACAGGGAUCACAUAGUGCAGGACUUAUUGACCGAUAGAAACCUUUUAAAAAGACUGUAUCAUGACCUUCGUAAGACUAAGCCUUACCGAGGUGGUAGAAGCGGUGGUGCUGGUGGUAGUGGUUACCGACCUAGUGGACUUACGACAAUACCGAACUCUAACACCAGAAAUUUUUCGUAUAGACUCGGUGGAGUAUCACGUGUUAACGAUGGCGAGGACUCUAUACGAUCGCCACCGAUGUCUCCCCCGCCGCUAAUAGAAGUGUUCAGUGAAUCCAUGGAAGACAAAUAUGUAGAUUGUGGUACGCAAACUGUACCAAUCCCGGAGGAAGUGUUGUCAGAGAUCGAUAGAGCGUAUCGCGAGAAGUUAGAAGCAUCUACGGCACCCACGAGCCCGACAAGCCCGCCUCCGGACCGCAAGCCGGCAAGACGGCGGUCUAGUGUAGAUCAUGAUGAUGUGUCACAAUCUGUAAGCGACACCAUCAAGCGGUAUCUCCGAAUGGCUCGCAAGAAAAGCGUAGAUGCUGACAAAGCAGAUCGCUUCAAGCGUAUUAACUACGACAAGAAUCUGAGAAACAUAAAACCUCGUAUGCCCGGUGAGGUGGAUGACGAUGGGCCGCACAAAGGUUGUCAGACGGAGGAGGCUUGGAUUUUGACGUAUAGGGACUUGCAAUUCGCGUCUGUGGCUUCAACACCGACGUCUCCGGCGUCGCCAAUGUCCCCCACCGGGUCGCAUUCGUUCCUCUCAACGUUACUGGGCCGAAGUGCUCCAGCUGUGUCCCCUGCCGCAGGUGGCAUGCAGAAGUCGCGGUCUUCUAGUAGUGUGGUGCAGAGCGUCAGCAAGCGGCUCUGGCGCACGCGGAGCCGCAGCUCCAGUCGCGCCGCUGCUACCUGGACGCCUCAGGGCAGCUGUCGCUGGACAGACGGCAGCGGGCGCUGCGUGCGGCUCACCGACACCUCCCUACUGACGCUCAGCGAGGUGGAGCGGCGCGCUCUGCAGCAGGCGGCGCUCGCAAGGCUGCAGCAGAUCAACCUCGGCACCACCAUCAAGAUUCCAGAAGAAAAUGCGGUAGCAACAUCGACGAAGCCGAAGAGAAGAGCGUACCUCCUAAAGAGGAAAGCUCUAACUACGGGUUUCUUCGACCAGAGCAGAACAAAAGAAGACAAGGAUAAAGAUUCACACACGGGCAGCGUUUUCGGUGUACCCCUGGCACAGUGUGUGGAGACAGAAAGAGCCCUCAGGCGGCAGCAGCACGGCGGCUCCAGGGCUUCGUUAGCCUCUCUCGGAGCAAUCGAGAAAGGGGAUGAUAGCGAGUCGUGUGACUCCGGCGAGUGGGGCUGGGCGGGGCUAGAGGAGGCGGGCGGCGGCGGGCCCAAGGUGCCGGGGCUCGUGUCGGCCUGUCUGGCGCAUCUGAGGCGGCACGGCCUUCACACACUGGGGCUGUUCCGAGUGUCUGCCUCCAAAAAGAGAGUACGACAGCUACGUGAAGAGUGGGAGAGAGGUCAAGAAGCGGCGCUGGAUGCAGCGGUUUGUCCUCACGACGUAGCCACCUUGCUGAAGGAGUUCCUUCGGGACUUGCCUGACCCGCUGCUCUGUAGGGACCUUUACACUGCCUUCCUUAACACACAAAAACUCCGCAAUCGGCGUUUACAGUGGGAAGCUAUGCGUCUGAUAGUACAACUGCUUCCUGCCGCCCACAGGGAUACGCUCCACGCUCUUCUUUCGUUCCUGUCACAACUUGCAGCUCACGCAGAAGACCAGCACCAGCCCGGAAACAAGAUGGAUGCCGCGAACCUGGCGACAGUCUUCGCGCCAAACAUACUGCACAAAAACAAACCUAAUGAAACUGCCAGUGCGGAGCAGCUAUCAGAGAGGGCGGACGUGAUCAACGUAGUGCGUCUACUGGUGGAGCGACAGGCGGAGCUGUGGACGCUGCCCGGGGAGAUGUUACACGAGGCGUACAUACACAUGGCGCACACCGCACCCGCGCACCUCGACUCGCUGUUACUGCGGAGGGCCGAGUGCGCACAAGAAGCCAACGCUGCGGGGGUAGUAGUAACUACUGGUGGAGCAGGCAGUACGGGAGGGGGGGAGACGCGGGUAGUGUGGCCGCGGGAAGCUUGCACUCACACCGCCGCCGCUACCGGCGGCCCCGAUCUGCGACACAGACGCAGCGAUAAGUCGUACGCGCGCAGCCGACGGACGCGGGAGACCGCCUCAGACACCUCCUCAGGGUCUAUGUCUUCCACCAUUACCACAGUCGUCACCAGCAGCAAGGUGCGGAGCAGCGAGGAGGGCGCAAGCAGCGGCAUCGGCGGAACCGCCGCGAGAGACUCCGCGCCCGACUCCAACGACUCCGCCAGCGACUACAACGAGACGCUAGGAGGGUCAGACGAGGAUAGCUGCGUGAUUACCGCCUCACUGCACAUCCCCGCGGCGGUGGCUCGGCCUUCUCCCGCGGCGCCUCCCCGCCGGCGCUCCACGUCCGGCUCGGAGUCGUCCGCGCGGCGCGACUCCGCCGUGGGCUCGUCGGCCGCCUCCCCCGCGCCCUCCCCGCCACCCGCCUCUCCUCCGCCACCGCGCGGGCCCCACAUCGACCGCCUCCUGGCGCUGGGCCGGGAACGCAACACAUCAGACGCGCGGGCAGUCGUGCUUAGACAGCACGACGAGACCACCAACAUAAGAACCAGGACCUCGGCUCGUCAAGAACAUGGGAUCAGAAGAGAAGAGCACGCGCUCAGGAGAGAAGAGAACAACACCAGGACGAGAGACGAACAGAGCGUCAGAAGAGAGGAGAGGAGAGAAGGCACCACCACUCUCUACAAGAGAGGAGAGCUUAUUUCUAGUGCACGGUCACCGCCCACAUGACAAAUUAUAUACCUACGUGUUUUUAUACAUAAACGUCUAUUAAUCAG